AUGGAUUAUAUAAUCAUUCAUGAAAGCAACAACAAUCAUGCUAAAUAUCUAAAUCCUACCUACAACAGUGAUGUUGUAGGUCUUAUUUACUUUAUUGAAUUUUUAUCUUCUAACAAUAUUUCUUUAGUUAUUUUUGUUAUUAUUUAAAUAAUUUAAUUGAUUAGUUCUCUUAUUGUUAUUAACCUAACUAUUGAAUGA